CGAGGAUGUCUGGAGGGGGCCAUUGGGAGGGGCGGAAAAGUCCCUCAGGCUGUGAGAGUCACGCAUGCGCCUGCCUCGAGGGCGGACCCGGAAGCAAUACCUGAAGUUCCCGGGCUUGGCCCCGGUGUGGCCCGAGUGAUUUCGCUGGGGCCCUUCUCCCCGAGGCUUCCGCGGGAAGGGUUCCUUCAUCUGUUUGAGGGGUUAAGGCCGAGUAUCCAAAAUGAAUGACCUGUUUAUCGCUUUAGACAAACUUUUGCUAGAACUGGUUUUCCAGUCUGAGCAAGAUUCAAAUGCUAAGGCAGAGGCAAAGCAACAGAUUGUUUUAUUUUAUAAAAAUAUAAAGGAAAAAAAGAAGAGUAUUUUUUCUCUACAUGACAAAAUAAAUGCAAUUGAUAAUGAAAUUACUCAUUGCCGUAAGCAUAACAAAUAUGUGAAGGAAAACUGUGCCAACUGGAUGCCAACAUAUGAUAUUCUUCAUAAACAUGAAGUUUUUUUGGAGGAUCAAUUUCAGAAUGACCAGGAAACCACUGAAAAAGACAAGAAAGUGUAUCAUGAUCAGAUGAGACAAUGUAAAGAUGUCUUGAAGCAUUACCAGCUACAGUAUUCAAAAGCUCCUCUUGCUCAAAAGUAUUAUAAGGAUAAAACACAAGUGGAAGAACUAAAAAACCAAAUAUUAGCAUGUAAUGAGCAGUGUACAAUUAAGGAAACUAUUCUUCUGGAACUUUCAGUGCCUGCUCCUUUUAAAUCACUUUCUCAAUGGGCAUUACAAAUUGUUCAUUUGAGAAUUAAAACUGAAGACUUCCUUAAAUGUGCUUCAACUUUGAUCCACAAAACAUGUAAAAUGAAGGAAGAAAUAGAAGAAAUGGAAAGAAAUCAGGAGACUGAAAGAAUUUCUGAAGCUAAAAACCUUCCAGAAGUCCUAGAAGAAAAAAAUAAAGAAUUAGAAAAAACAAAAGAAUGUGAAGGGAGAAUUUUUGAAGAACAUGGACAUUUUCGUGUAUUAAAUGAGAAUCCUCAAAGUAGUCAACUUUUUCUUCCUUAUAAUUAUCAGAACUUAGUAAGACCUGUAAGGAAUGAUAGACAUUUCUCAGAACCAGGAGGAACAGAUAAAAAAGAAGGUUCAUCAAGUCAUUCAACACUUGCCAGGAUUGACAUCAGACCAGAGAGAAAGGAAAUACUGGAAUUUGAUGUCUCUGUGAUGAAUAAAUAUUCUCAAGUUUCACCUCAUAAAAGUACACAAAACUUGAUGCAAUUCAGAUUAUCGUGUCUUGAGAAACAAUCAAACUAUAAGCAAACUUUUGAUAAAGGAAAUACAGAUUCUGAGUAUGGAAAAAAGGAAACAGAAAGAGAAUUAAAAGAUUCAGCAGUUCUACCACAAGACAGCCACACAGAACACAUGGACAAAUUAGUAGAGGUUAGUCAUGAUGAAACUGAAGAAAACACUGAAAAAUUUCCAAGCACUCCUGAAAUGCCUCCAUUUUUAAGAACUCCUGAAUUUUUGAGAACACCUGAAUGUGUGGAGAAACUAGAAUUUUCUAAAAGUCCUUCAUCUGAACUGCUUAGAAAUAUAGGAUUUGAAGGCAAAACACAAAAGACACCACAGGCGUUUUCUUUUCUUAUGGGUUCUUCUAUAUCACCUGGAUUUAAUUUAUUUGAGUCUUCUGAAUUUGGAAAUGAAAACUUACCAGAUCAGUUUGAUGAAAAUUAUUCUUCUGGAAAUUUAAAUCCUGUAUCCUCACAAAAAGAUAUUGGAGGCUUAUUUGGAAAAUUGGAAGGAGAAGAUACUUUUACAUUCCCAUUUUCAUCAGAACCUUCAACUCAUACAUUUGGAGAUGGAAGAGAUGAUUUUAGUUUUUCAUUUUCAUUUGAACAGGAUCAACGCUCAUCACAUUCUUCUUCAAACAGUUUUCCAUCUUCACACAAUGCAAAACAGUUUACUUUUUUUUGAAUUUAUGAUUUUGCUUUCAAAAGUUUAUAGUAUGAUUUUUAUUUUUGCUGUAAAAUACAAAUAUUGUCUAUUUUGUUCACCUUUUAGUUGAUAUAGUAAUAUGUUGUUGCUUUAUGAGUUUAUAUUGAUUUGAAUUUGGGAAAAAAUCUUUGUUACUAAAUUUUAUAUCUGUAUUAUAUAUUUUUACAUGGUUACAUGGUAUACAUGGUUAAUUAUUACUUAUAUUAAAAGUGAUCCCAUGGCUCUUAUUUAAGGCUAGAAUUACACUCACUUCUAUAGAUAUUAGUGAUAAGUAUUGAACUUGAUUGGACCAUCACACUUUGGUAGAGGAUAGGACAGAAAUGGGGGUAAAUCAGUAUAUGAUUAGGUGCUUUGGAAGCAGCAUGAUUCUUUCAAGACCACUGUAGUACUGCUUACUGCAUCCUGCAUAGCGUUUAUCAGUGUUGUCAGGUGCUUAGGCACUAUUGAACUGGGAGCAUUUCUGCUUCUAAGGGCUAUCAAGUAGUACUGUAGUGUUAUUCAAAAGCAAAUAAUGUGACUUGUUAUCAUAAAGUGAUGUGAAGACAACAGAGAAAAAAGCUUAUGUAAUUUUUAUAGUAGAGAAAAUGGAAGGAGAAUAAUUUUGUUAUAUUAUUUUUAUCAACAGAAUAUACAGAAUUCUGUAUAUAUAACAGAGUUCUGAUAUAAUUGAGAAAAUUAUUGCACGAUUAAUGAUAUUGUUAACAUGCUUAUUAUAUUCUUUGUAGAAAUCCUGUAAAAACUGUAUUUCCUAUGUUAAUUUACUAAAGGCUGAUUAUUCUUUAUGAUUUAUAUUCAGAAUUUAAAAAUAUUGGUUACGUCUGGUUCUUACUCUAAUGUAGCUCAUCUUUUAACGGAGGAUAACACAAGAGAGAGGAACUGGGGAAAUGGAAAGAGAAGGAUGGGGUACACAUAUGAAGUGAUAUGAUUGGAGAUAUCUUAGAAGUGUGGUAAAGGCGUGAACAGAGCAAGAUAAGGUCAAAGUAGGACUACCAAAGCCCAGUGUGACGUCAGUGAUAGAGUCCAUUGUCAGGUAGGAAGUAAUAGUCCUAAUGGAAUGGAGGACAGUCAGCAUAAUUGGAGAUAAUUGGGAAGCUCAUAUUUGACGAACAUUCCCCCAAAGGGAUCAUUUACCCUUUACUUAAAAACUUUGAAUAAGAAAGGAUUCUCAAGGCAACCCAUUAUACCUUUGGAUAUUUCUAAUAGAAAAUUUUUCUUUAUGUUAAACCAAAAUCUGCCCCUCUAUUCUUUCAUCCACUGCUGCUAAUUCUGUCUUCUGGGUACAAGCAGAAUAAAUCUCAUAACAACUGUUUAAAUACUACAGAAACUUAGGAGGAUAGCUAUUAUAUAUCCUGUAAGUUUUCUCAUCUCAAGUCUAAACAUCCCCAGGUUACUAAGAAAAACCUUGAAGGGAAAUUAGGAUACUAAGCAGAUUUCCAAGGUAUGGUUUGGUAACAGAAAGUCAGGGACUCAGUUUUUUGAAAUGGGGAAUGAGAAGAAAACUUAUUCAUAAUCCACAAGGCUGAAUUAUUGGGACCAAAGAACAGGGUCACAGUUGAACCAACAGUAUGGCCAACCUGAUGGUAUAUCCCCUGAAUUAUGAACCUGUGGUUCUUAUAUCUCUUUUGAAUGGACUCAGAGACUAGAGUGGAAUUAAAUUUGCAAACUUGAACUAAAUGGUCUCAGGUUUGAGAACUAAAUCUACAAGGGAAGAGCCACAAUGUCCCCUGAGAGUAAUAGUGGGGUGGAGUGUUGCAUUUGUUAAAAGAUGAAAUAGAAAACUUCUAGCCUACCCCUUUAAACAAUAAUAAUGGGUAUCAUUUAUUGUUCUUUAAGAUUUGCAAAGAGCUUUACAAAUAUCUCAUUUGACCCUCAAAACAACCGCGGAGGUAUAUUAUUAUUCUCAUUUAAUAGAUGAAGUAGGGACAGGAACUUUCUCGGAGUCACAUAGUUACUAAGAGUCUGAGGUUGGGUUUGGACACAGGUCUUCCUGACUCCAUGUCCUGUACUUUAUUUACUGUUUUUUUAGUGAUUCCACUGAAGGAUGGGGAAAGGCAAAAGCUUAAAGAGUAUGUGUUUCAAAGGAGUUACUAACUCAUAGCUUUUUUUUCCCCUCUACCUCUUGGCUUACCUGAAAUCUCAGCAGAAGUGCCUUUCCCAAGCCACCUUCAUCUUAAUGCCUUCCCUCUGAGGCUACUUAUAUUUUAUCAUUGAUACACACAUACAU